CCGACGACGCGACAAAACCUCGAACUCAGCAGGUUCAGUAGAUGGCUCAGUCUGAGUAACUUCGGUUGACGGAAGAAGUGCGCGUGUCUUUGUGCGUCGGUAACGCAGGAAACUGUAAAGGUUGCAUUCUCGAGUAGAUCCUCCCGAUUUCGCAACAUGGAGUUUACGGAUGUUUUGAGGCUAGUUCAUUUAAGGAAUAAUGGAGAUCUGUGAGGACGUAAAUAGUGAGGGACAAUCAGGUAACUAGAACUGAAGGAUCUUGACGCCUCCUGUGUGUCCUGCCUCUUGCUUAAUAAUACCGUCCUAGAGCAGCGUCGGCUUUUGAAGGCAUGCCAAAUAUUCCCAACGGUUCAGACAGAUCCGAUGUUGAAUCAGGGAAAGAACUUCCAAGGGUACCAAUCAAAACAUACAAGUGGGAAGACGUAAGAAGAUCUCGUAGAAAAGGAGGCUACCCCUGGACAUACUUGUAUAAGGAAGAAUUUGAUGAGUCAGUGCACCCUGAAGAUUUCAGAAUGGACGGUCUGAAGAAGAACAAGACUUCAUCAGCGUCGUCAGCCUCCGAUUCACUGGACAUCAGAGAAAUCACCGAAGACGACGUCAAAGGUUUGGAGGGUAUAGACAGUUCCUAUGUUGUCAUCGAGAGUCCCAUUCUUUUGGGUGGCCAGAGAGGUGAGCCUAUCAAAGAUCGAGAGGCCAUCAUUGAAUCUGCUGACAGUUCCGAUAGCAUCAGUCAGUACUUGGACAAGGAGGAAAGAGGUCCAGAGCAACGCCUUGAAAGUACAGAAACACUCACUCACCAUGGACCUGAAGAUGAACAAAGAGCGCAAAUUGAAAGGGCCAAAUCAGAAGAACCAAAACGAAAAAGAAAAUUAUCGGUCGAAAGUAAUUACAGUAGAAUAAGUUUAUCGCGAUUGGGUAUGAUGAAACGUCUCAGAGAAGCUAAAGAUAAAAUAAAGCUUCCAAAAUUCAGCAGCAAGCAAAAAAAAGAAAUGGAGAGUGAAACAAUAGAAAAAGUAGCUCCAAUUGAGCAACCCCACAAACAUUCAAAAAAUGAAAAACCUGUUUACAUCCAUAUACCUCUGAAACCACCUGAAGGUGAAACAGAUGAAUUCUCUCAUUUAGAAUUCGAAGAAAAACUACCACAAAAACCACCCCCAGUUCCAGAAGUCCAGAUAGAAGUUACCGAAGAUGUAGAACCAGUGAAAAUCGAAGAGAACAUUCCUGAAAUAGAAGAAACAGAUGAUCAAUCAAACGGAAAUAAUUUGGGUUUGAUCCCUCCAAACGAUCAGGAAGAUGACGUCAGUGCCAUCAUAUUCCUCGAAGGUGAAGAAGGCUGUGACAGCAAAGGAGAGUAUGACAUCAUUGCCGUCGACAUCGAUGAAAAUUCGCAAGAGAUGAAGAUGAGUCAAAUUACCAACACUGAAGUACGCAGGCAAGUAUUGGAGAGUAUAAAGAAGGUAGAAUCGCAGUCGGACAUCGCUGGCAACAAAGAAGGUUCAGGUGUAAGUUUAAGCAGAUCAUCCAGUAAAGCGAGCAAAACCUCCAAAGCGAGUAUACGGAAAAGAAGAGCUAAAUCUGUUGAACCAGAGAAGAAAAGAAGGGGGUCUAUAGAUAGCAGCUACAGUAGAAAGAGUCUUUCGAGAAUUGGUCUGUUGAAGAAACUGAAAAAAAUUCACAUUCCUUUCGUGAAGUCGCAAUCUAAGAAAUCAAUCGCAGAGACUUCGUCUGCUAAGAUAGAGGUUGAAACUGAAAAGGAAACACCAAAACCUCAAACUCAAGGUAAGGAUCAGAAACCGGUCUACAUCCACAUACCUUUGAAACCUCCUGAAGGGACAACAGACGAAUUUUCGCAUUUGGAGUUCAACACCGCGCCUCCUCCUCAGACGAAGGUCGAAACAAACGAAACGAAUGAAACCGAACAGGCCGAUAUGAGUCCCAUCGACUCUCCUGAAACAUCAAAAGCGCCGCAGUUCAUCGUGCUGACGCCGCCUUCAGACGAUGAAAUCUUGGAUAGACCCGAUAUACCGGAAACUCCUUCCUCCGAAACCGGAAGUCUUUUUCAAUUCGGUGAACUACAACACCUGGCGAAGAAAGCAGUUGAUCAAAUUCUCGAGUCGGUUAAUGAGGAGACUGAUCAGAAACCUGAACAAGAUACGGUCGUUGUUGAAGAAACCCUUCAGGCACCACUUGACGGUAAAGUUGAAGAGAAGGUAGACAUACCGAACACAGAAAAGGUGACAAUCGAUGAAGAGGAUGGCUUGAAAUCCGUACCGAGCGAGGAGAUCAAGUCAAAUCUCAAGACGAAGAUGAAAGGGGAAAGCUCUCCACUACCCAAGAAGAAAGUUUCUUUCAAGAGGAGGAAAUCGAGCCAGGUUUCGCAGGAGUUGAAAGAUGAUGGAUACGAAGAGAUCGAAUCUCCAGCUACAACAGCUGCUGCGAUUUCUGGUGGAAGUGUGGGCCCAGCUGACUCUGCUAUCGAUGUUUCUGUCGAGUCGAUGAAUACACUUGAUGUGGAGCCUGAUUUGAGUAGAAAUAAACUCGUGGAGAGCACUUCGUUUGAGGAGGAUCACAAUAGAUGGUCGAAAAUAAGUGAUCAUGAAUAUGAGCCGAUUAACCCACCCCCUGAAGAAAAAACCGAAACUUCCCCACCAAAAUCCCAUGUUUCUGAUGUACUGAACCCACCGUCAAUUCACACCGAUGAUGAACUGGACGUAUCAGCGCAAGCUGAGCUUUUCUUCAACCGCAGAAACAGUCCAUCCAAUCUGGGAGCCUCUAGGGGCGCAGAUCUGAGAAGCAGCCCUAGUAGAUCACCUUCCAGGAGUAGAUCGAAAGAAAAGGAACCGGCAAAACCAGGCAAGUUUCAGACAGCCAUCAAGGAAAGCGCCACGAAAUUCAAGACGAAACUGCAGGGAAUCAAAAAACCAACAAUAUCGCUGCCUUCGAGACCAAAAUUCCAAAAACCAAACUUCAAGAAACCCAACAUUAACUUGCCGAAACUACCAGACAUCUCAUCUACGUUCCGAAGAAAUUCAAAAGCAGAGGAGGGGAAGAGUGCAGAAACUAAAGAUAUGGAUGUGAAGACUGCGGAAGGAUCCGGAAGCAAGGGUAUUUUUGACUUCUCAACAUAUCCCAGGAUUUUCAAGAAGAAGAAACGAGAACACGAUUCAUCUAGUUUGAAAGGGGAUGACAUGGAGAGACCUGAGAAGAAAACAUGGCAGGUGAGAAGCAAAGAAACUGCCGACAUUAUUAGAAUACCUUUACACUCAGAGGAAUCGAUGGAUCAAGAAAACGGAAUUUAUCCUCAACCAGAAGAAAUAUUAGAAGUGGGGCAAAUCGAAAUCGACCAUCGAUCGUCUCCGCCUCGAUACCAGGAAGAUAUCGAAGCGGACGAUGAAGAUGCUUUCCAAAGAGAACGCCAGGAAAAACACAGAGAAGCAAUUGCUGCAGCUGCCGAACCAGAGGAGAGUCGAUGGGAUCAUGGAAAUUUCUACAGAUCUCAAAAUGGCGAAGUCGAAGAACAGAACGAUCGUGAAGAAGAAGAAGACUUACAGAGGGAGGAAGUCAGAGAUGAGGAGUAUAUAUUCGAAGCUUACGAAAAGGAGAAAAUGGAGCCGGAAAUGGUGACAGAUUUGGAUGCACCAGAGACUCCUUUCGUGCCAAACAGGCAGAAUAGGGGUAGAUUACAACAGACAGACAGCUUCGACACAAACCACAGCAGGGACGUUGGUUCAUCAGUCAGUUCACUGGGACAACACAGAAGAGGAGUACUGGAAGAGAUAGACUCCGACCAGUUCUUCCUAAGGGAGAAAGGUAUAUCCCAAGAUAACAUCGAUAUGGGCAAAUAUCUGAGCACGGAAAUUCGAGAAGCCUUCAGAUCGCCUACUAACGCUCUGGCUGACAUCCACACCUACAAUUAUGAAGAGAUCAGGGCGUCCAAUCAAUCCUUGCCGGAAACGAAAAAGAAGCAGGUGAAGAAACCGAAGAGGAGGAAAACGCCACACGCGUCGCAGGAACGAUUGAGGUACGAGCCUGAAUCGGAGAAUGAAGAUUACAAUUUCAUGCCACCCAUCAGGCCUAAGAGAAAAAGUAAGAGGAGAAGAAGAGCAGAACCCGAACCUGUACCAUUCGUAGAGACCAUACCUCUAGAUUCUGCGGAGGGAGCGGAGUACUCACCCGAACAGGAAGAAGAAAUACUUCGUCAUUACGAGAACGAGCGAAUGCGAGGUAUUGAACAUCCGAAUAUCCGGGUGUCAGAACCCUACAGCCCGCACCGGCUGCAAGUCAUUGACCACCAUGAUGCCCACCGUAGAGCCUCAGAACCCAUACCGGCUGCACCACCUAGAAAGCACAAAAGCUUGAAGAGUUUGAACGCUUCGGAGCAUGAGUCCAUAUUUGAGGAGUAUGAUAGGAAUGAUGAUAAACACACCAUGAACGGGUACGCCAACGAAGAUGUUUUCUUGUCGUCAGAUAUAGGACAUAACCAGGAUCCGAACCAAGUGGAAACUCCGCGUCCUCCUAAACCACCCACAAGAAGCCGUUCCAAGACUAGAUCGAUGUCCAGGACAACGUCGCAAGCAGACAGAGAUUCCAUCCUUGGCAGGAUGGACUCGAUUAUGUUUGACGAGGAGUUUAGGGAGCCUGUCGUCGAAGAACCCUGCGUCAAGGACCUUAGGGACUCGAUGGGAUACGCCAUCGUCGACAAGAACCAAAAUAAGAACUGGGAACAUAAGUUCUGCACAGUUCCCAGGUCCCAAGGGAGCAAAGAUCCUCCUGAAAGACCAUUGAGGAACUACAGCACUCUUGGACCUAGCAGGCCGGUUCGUAAACCCAGCAGGAACAUGACGGACGAAGAGAAGGAAAAUGUGGACGUAAGCCAAUAUAUCGAGAUUGAGGACGAUAGAGAUCUGCAGUCUGGAGAGGUAAUCCAGAAGAUCCAGAAUAGACCACUUCCUGCGCCGCCUCGACCGCCGAGGUCGAGAUCGAAGCCGCUGGGUGAUAUUACGUCAAGGUCCAAUCUUGAAAUGGAAAGAGCAGGAGAUGUUAAAGAUGAGAAGACUGAAAUCGAUGAGACAGAGGUAUCUACCCAAACAGAACCAUUGCCUUCGGACUUCGAGUGCGAAGAGAUGAUACAUGAAGAAACAGACAAGAUUAUGACACCAUCAGCAUUAAGGAAAAAUGAGUUACAGAAGAUUACAGAUGAAACUGAUGAGCAUCCUACAAUAAUCGAGAGAGUUUUCAUAACACCAACGCAGUACUCGUACCAAGAAGAAACGAUCACUCACGGUCAAUUACUGGUUGAACCUUUGAACGGUGCAAGAAUUCUUCCAGAUUCCGAUAUGUCCCAUGAGAGGAUAAUUCCAAUAACGAGUGAUGAAGACGAAUUUUCAGAAAUACCAGAAAAUUUCAAUAACCUAAGGAAUCCAAAUAUUCAAACAGAAAUGAAUGUGGUAGUUAAAGAAGACAUCAAUGUCCCAGAGGAACAUCUUCAAAAAGAAAAUUCCUCAGAUCAGAAAGCACAAUCAUCAGACGAAGCGAAUACAGCAGCUUUUGACAUGGAAACAAUAGCAUCAGAUGAAAAAGAACCACAAAGGCCUCCCAGGUCUUCGUCCCUGAGAGCAGAAAGUGUGGACGUACUGAAGACUCAAAAACUACAAGUUUCAGACUUGGACGUAGACAGACUAACUGUCAACGAACUUGUGGCGAACAAAAUUGUUGUGUCCGAAAUCGAGAGUGGAAGUAUAUCUUCUCACGAUAUCAGUUCAAAGAGCGGAACACUGAGAUUAGCUGACCUUGAGCUACAACCUGAUAUAGUACGAAAACUACUGGAACAGCUGAAGGAAUCUUCGAGACAACAACCAUCCAUAAUAGAAGAGGAGAACCCGGAGGUGGAUGCCAAUGGGACAAACGUGGAAGAAAAAAAAACUCCGAUAGAUUUUCACGUCCUUGAAACUUCUGAAAGCCAAGAUUCGAGCAUUACUCUUGUUCCAUCUACUGAAAAUGAAAAUGAGCAAACGCUGAUCGUAAACUCCAAAAUGGAAGAAAAUUUACCAACAGAAGAAGCGCCAGAAGAGUUUGUUCCAUCGACGAGUGUUGUCUGUGAUGCCAAUGUUGUCGAAUAUGUUGAUGAUAUAGUACAUGAAGCUUCUGCGACAGUCAACGCUAUUAAGAGUGUGGAAUCAGAAGAUGUGAAGAUAGAGGAUGAAAAACAUAUAUUAAAUAUCGAACCUGUAGUUGGUGAAUCUAUCACGUUGGAAGAGGACAUCUCGAAAGUUGAGGAAGAAGUUUCAGUGGAUGGAAUGGCAAAAGAAGAAACUGAAAUGUUCGAAUCAAUUGUUCCAAAUUCUGAAAAUUCGGUUACAAUCCAAGAUGAAUUGAAGGAUGAAGAGGUUUCAAAUUUACAUGAAAAUGUCGAUGAAGAAUCGAUCAAUGAAGAACCUCCUCUUAGACCUCCCAGGUCUACUGAGAAGAAAAUGAGUGUCUGCGAACAAUCAGAGCAAUUAGAGACUCCAAAUGAUCAAAACGAUGAGAUGGUUCCUAAUGUUCUGCAACCUCUCCAACUUCUGGAACCAGAGGUCGAUGACGAGCCUCCUCCUAGGCCUCCUCAACCGCAAGUACCUUACAUCCCUUCACAACCUCCUGCUGCCUUUUAUGCGUUGAGAGCUCAACAUUACGUUGAGGAUUUACCUGAUGACAUUCCUAUGGUUCCUAGAAGAAAGCGGCAUCAUCGACCAACGACGAUAUCGAAAUCGAGUUCCUCCGAGUCCACCAGUGCUCCGUUACCAAGAAGGAGGGUGAGAUCUCCAGAGCCUUCGAUACCCCAGUUGACUGGUCAGUUAGCUGUAGCGUGUAGUACGGUUGCUCGCAAUAGACUCAAAAGACUAAUCGACGAGGUGACUAGCAAAAUUUCGAGUGAUCCCGAUUCGGACACCAAUAGGCAAAAUGUUCAAGUUCUUGUUGUGGUUCUGUUAGUUUUUAUCGCAGGGUUGUUAUUGUUGGGAUAUGGUGACGGCAGGACUGUUCAUACACACCAUUGGGAAUAUUUCAAUCCUCCCACUGAUAUAUGAUGUCUUCAUGUUUUUUUUUUACGAGGGAUAAGUUUUGUGAGAUAUUUGUUAUGUUUUUGUUGUUGAGUUAUAUGAUAUGAGAUUAUAUAAGAAAUUUUGGUUUUCUUCAAUAAAUUAUUUCUCUUA